CUCUUCGUUCAUCCUCUGUUCUCUCUCACCACAUAUACCUUAGAGGCCAGAGUUUGUUCUCCUUCUCUCUGUGUGUCAGUGGUCAGACAGAUCGAGUAUGGGUCCGAUCGUGUUGACUCAACUGGCGACGGGUCUGAGCGUGUUGGCCGGGGCGGCCCUGGUCAAGUCGGUCAUGGACCAGAAUCCCAUGGCCGGCCCGUUCCCGCGGUGCCCCAGUUGCAACGGAACCGGCAGGGUCUCGUGCCUCUGCUCCCGCUGGUCCGAUGGCGAUGUUGGCUGCCGGACAUGUGCCGGAUCGGGUGUCAUGGCGUGUAGAAGCUGUGGCGGGACCGGUACGGGCCGGCCCUUACCGGCCCAACUAAUCGUAAGGCCACCGAACCCGCCCUCUUAACGCGGCUUGUUCUGUUGUUCUGUUCUAGAGCCCCUAUUACGGCCCCCCUAACUCUUAUAUGUUGAAUUUCUCCUAUAUUUCCAGAAAGAGAGGCUUUGAGAUCAUCCAAGUUGUAAUUUUAGUCACAAUACACAGUAUUGAAAUUCUUAUGAAGUGGGUAAUUUUAUA